AUGCAAUGUGUUGUCGCUGUGAAGAACUUUUCAAGCGUUGAACAUGGCGGAGGAAAAGAGCAGAGCAUGAAGCUGCGCUGCGGCGUGUACGGAAAAGGGAGCGUUUUCUCCGUCGAGAUCAAGCGCAAUGCAGAUGUCGAGUCGCUGCAGAAGGCCAUUGUGAACGAGAAGAAAGACGUCAAUGAUUGCUUCAAAGUUGAUCCAGCAAAGUUAAUGCUAGGAAAGAAGGGGAAACCACGUGGUCAAGAAGGGUAUCUCAAGAAAAGAGAUCGUCGGCCACCCAUAGUUCCUAUUGUUCGGUCCUCGUCAAAAACAACAAUUGCGUAUCGCAUCAUGGACUGGAUUUCUAGUGAUAUCAGCGUUGCGAAUGUCAAGUACGUCUUUUUUGAAAUGCCUGAAUCUGAUGUGGCUGAAGAAGGAACUUUCUGGAAUCGAUUGGGGAGGUGCAUUGAUAAUCGAUAUGCAGGCUGCGAUUAUGAUUCGUUUUUGCAGUUGGUGGAAGAAUCUGCCACUCAAGACCGAAAGUAG